AUGCAGAAUAAUACCUCUGUGGACUUUUUCUACAUUAAGGCAUUUUUCAGUGAUCAAGAAGAUAAUCCAUUCAUUACCAGUGUAUUUUUCUUCAUAUACCUUAUUGGACUUCUGGCGAAUUCUGCUAUUAUCAUAGCAAUAUGUUCAAAUCCUCACUUACACUCUGCUUUGUAUCUAUUUCUCUGUAAUUUGUCUUUUGUAGAUAUCUGUUAUACAACAGUCACUGUCCCUAACCUGCUGGCAAUGUUAAUAUCCAGUAAUAACAAAAUCUACUUUCCACAAUGCUUUACUCAGAUGUUUUUCCUUUUAUUUGUGGCCAGCAAUGAGGAUAUGCUAUUGACUGCUAUGGCAUAUGACCGAUUUGUUGCUAUUUGUAAACCCUUACACUACCACCAUAUUUUGUGUAGGGAAAACUGUAUUCUACUCAUGACUGGAAUAUUGGUGGCAUCAUGUUUGAAUGCAUUAUUAUUUAUAUCAUCAGCUUUAAACAUGUCCUUCUGUUAUUCUAAUACAAUUCACAAAUUCUUCUGUGAUCCAAAAGCUCUUGCAGAGAUCUCCUGCAGAGGUACAGAGCUAUUUUAUAUAGUGGUGGUUUUAGAAAUUUGUAUUCUAGGGUUUGGUCCAUUUCUGUGUAGUGUGAUGUCUUAUGCAAAAAUUAUCUCUAUUAUCUUGCGCAUGAAAACGAAUGAUGGAAGAAGAAAAGCCUUCUCAACCUGCUCAUCCCACCUCAUUGUCAUCACCAUGUACUAUGGAACAGCUGCAUCAGUGUACAUAAAGCCUCCAUCGAACCACACUGAUGUGUUAGACCUGGUUUUUACAGUACUGUUUGCCACUGUGACCCCCGUUCUAAACCCCUUGAUAUACAGUCUACAAAAUAAAGACAUAAAAAGUGCAAUAAAGAGGUUAUUUAGGGUUAUUUGA